AUGAUUUACAAGCAUCGAGGUUGGCAUGAUAUGUUACCAUAUGCUUUAUUGGGAUACCAUACGAUUGUCAGAACAUCAAUUGGAGCCACUCCAUAUUUGCUAGUAUAUGGAAUAGAAGCAGUCAUACCUGCUGAAGUCGAGAUACCGUCUUUGAGAAUCAUUUCAGAAGCUGAGUUAAGUAACACUGAAUGGGUUAGCAAGCAGAUUGAUCAACUAACUCUUAUUGAUGAGAAGAGAAUGGUUGCCGUCUGUCAUGGUCAAUUAUAUAGGCAAAGAAUGGUUCGUUCCUUUCACAAGAGAGUAAGAGCCAGAAUUUUCAAAGUAGGUCAGUUGGUUCUUAAGCGUAUUUUUCCUCAUCAGGACGAGUACAAAGGAAAGUUCGCACUAAACUGGCAAAGUCCUUACAUGGUUCAUAAAGUAUUAUCUGGAGGUGUUUUGGUCUUGUUAGAGAUGGAUGGCAUCGUAUGGCCUAAACCUAUCAACUCGGAUGCUGUCAAGAAAUACUACGUGUGA